UACAUUUUUCAGAGGCAUAACAAAUGGAGCUUUUCAGCAACUGUCUCAGUGAGAAACUCGAAGUCGGCGGAAAUCAACGGUUGUUAUAGCGGCGACGGAAAUUACAUGUUUGCCAAAUUUACAAGUUUUGCAAAUUCUUUGUUUUUGAUCCGCGAAAAGGGGAGCAGUGCCGGCGCAGACUAACAGGUCAUGACAAAGAGCCGUUAGCACCGCUUUUCUGUUGUGUUAUCGGUGACUUCUGUGCGUCAGUGUAUGUGAAAGCUAAGUGCAAGUGCAAGUGUGCGAAACUGCAAUGCGUAUCCGUAUCGAAUUUUCUUGAUUUCCCAACGAGCGAAAGGAAAAAAAACUGCGCAACUGCAACAAAAGAAAACGCCGUGAAGUACUUGUAUGGAUAAGCAGACAACAUACCUGUCAACUAGUGCCGACAAAGCCGACGACGUUGCCGGAGACGGAGACGACGGCCAGUCGAGAUGACGCAGACCAAGCAACCAGCAGGAGGGUCGUCCACCUCGGCCUCCGACUUCAUCGGCUCCUCGGGGGACUCGAAAUUCAAUCCCUGUUCCGCCUCCGCCCACGAUGUCUUACUGAAUAAUUUCCAGUUAAAGAAGAAGAGCUACCGGGUCCUGCUCCAUGGCCAGCAGUUGGUGUGGGAGCGCCUGCAGAAGCUGAAGCAGCCGUCUUCGAAAAGCGAGACCAAGGCACCGCUGCCAGCAGACUCACCCUCUCAGCCCGGAGGUGCCUGCUUGUAUGGUCCACAAAGCCAUGUCCUUCACCUCGAUGACGUUAUUAGUGUGAGGAGCGGCGACACCAAGGUAGCUUCCCUUAAGCCUCCACCACCUCCAACUUCGAAUCGCAGUUCCAACAGCAGCGGCGAGGUUAUGCCGGCGAAGCCCACCAGUCAGUACCUGACCAUUAACUAUGCCUUGAGGUUGAGUAAAUCUCAAACGGACUGCAAUCGUUGGGAGCUGAGGCGGCUGACCUUCUUCAACUCGGAUCCUUAUAUAGUAAGGCAGUGGGAUCAGGAACUGCAGAUCCGGUUGCACAGCUCUUCGCCUACAAGGAUGCGGGUGCGCCGUCUUCUGGUCUUCAUCAAUCCAUAUGGCGGUCGCAAGGCAGGCGCCCAAACCUACGAACGGCAUGUGAGACCCAUUUUCCAACUCGCUGGUGUGGAUGCCACCUGUAUCACCACCCAGAGAGCGAACCAAGUAAGAGAUAUACUACUUACCCACGAUCUGGGAGUGUAUGAUGCUGUUUGCUGUGUCGGUGGCGAUGGCACCGUGGCGGAGGUGAUCAACGGGCUGCUCUUCCGGCGAAUGAGGGAGCUGGGACUGGACGAGCAGCGGCCACCAUACAUUCCAAGACCCGCCUUGCCCGUGGGUGUGAUUCCAGCCGGCAGUACAGAUACCAUUGCUUACAGCAUGCAUGGCACGGCGGAUGUAAGGACAGCCGCAAUUCAUGUGAUUCUGGGCCAGCAUCGCGGUCUGGAUGUGUGCAGUGUAAGCAAUGGGCAAUCCCUGCUGCGGUUUUGUGCCAGUGUCCUAAGCUACGGAUACCUAGGUGAUGUGGCUGCCCAGAGUGAGAACUAUCGCUGGAUGGGACCAAGAAGGUAUGAGUACAGUGGUGUCAAGGCCUUCCUAAACAAUCGGGGCUACGAGGCGGAGUUGAGGCUUCUGGAAGAACCAGAUCUCCUGCUAACUACACCCAUGGAAGAGGUACCGCAGAGUCCUGACAGCGUGUGCUCUCUGGGCGAGUCGCUGCCCUCCGUCUGCUAUGCUAAUUGUCAACGCUGCAGCUUUGCAAGCAGCAUCCAGGAGCAGCAGUCUUCUAUGCUUAUCCAAGAGGAGUCCAGGAAUUCGCAGCGAAGUUUGAGGGAGGAGCCGGAGCCAGAGGAUUCCCAUUUAACUCCUAAUGAGUCUGCCCUACUGAGACCUCGUCCUCGUCCUGGAAACCUUCAGCUACCCACUGGUUCCAUUUCAUCAAUGAGGAACCUCGCAAACGAGCAGUGGAAAGUGGUGCGAGGCAACUUUUUCAUGAUCUGCGGAGCAAACAUUACCUGCGCCUGUGCCAGGAGUCCCAAUGGCAUCUCCCGAUAUAGUCACUUGGGUGAUGGCUGCCUGGACCUAAUUCUGGUCAAGAAGACUUCGUUGCUCAACAAUGUGCGCUUUCUGCUAAACACGGCUGGCAGGAGCGGUGAUAUACGCAAUCUGCCGUUUGUUGAGGUGUAUCGCACCAGGAAGUUUCAGUUCAGAACACUGGCCGCGGCUGGCGAUGAAGACUACAGCCUGGCAGGCUCUUGCCAGCCCAUUUCUCCGCCUGGAGAGAUGGGCGUCUCAUCCACUUCCACGGAGUUUUCCAGCUGGAACUGUGAUGGCGAGGUAGUCACUGACCUGGACAUAACCAUGAGAUCGCACUGUCAACUAAUUGAGGUAUUCAUGCGAGGACCUCAUUCCUACAGCAAGCCCCUCAAAAACGGCACCACGCCCUCAACCCCAGCCAGCUCCAGCGACAAUGUGUACUGCUGCUGUAAGGAUUAGAAGCUUUAAACCCGUAGAAUUAAGAAGCAUCAACCAUUGGCCGUGACAAAUAGCUCGUAGUCUUGCAUAGGGUAUCCUUAUUCGUAUUCGUAUUCGUAUCGUGUUAAAGAUCGGGUCUCCCCGUCAUUGUUUUUAGCUUAGCUCAAUCAAGCAACUGAUAUUAUCGACUGUAUUAUGGCAUCUGCAAGAUGCGCAAGGCAAACCGGAACAUUCCUCUCGGUAGGCGUGCAUUAUUCGCAUAAAAAUAUACAUACAUACCUAUAUUAUAUAUAUUGUGUACUGGUAUACCGGAAAUAAAGAGUGUCUAUAUGUUUUCAA